AUGACGCAGAGCCAUUUCGAUGCCCUCAUCGUCGGCGCAGGUUUCAGUGGGAUCUAUCAACUUCACAAACUACUUAGCCAGGGUUUCUCAGUGAAGGGGAUAGAUGCCGCGGGAGAUGUUGGUGGAACAUGGUAUUGGAACAGGUAUCCUGGUGCGAUGUCGGAUACAGAAUCAUAUCUAUACCGUUACAGCUGGGACAAAGAAGACUUGGUCAAGUAUCACUGGAAAGACCACUACGUGAAGCAGACAGAGGUAUUAGCAUAUCUGAACCACAUUGUCGAGCGAUACGAUCUUCGCAAGCACAUGCAGUUCAGUACGGAGCUUGAGCAUGCCCAAUAUGACGAGGUGAGAAAUGUCUGGGUGGUAGAAUGCUCCAAUGGCCAGAUUUAUACAACCCGUUAUCUCAUCACUGCCCUGGGCUUGUUGUCGAAAACGAACUACCCGAGGAUCGCAGGCAUUGAAACAUUCUUAGGAGAGAUGUAUCACACAGGGAAAUGGCCUGGCACUCACGACUUCGCCAACAAACGCGUUGGUAUAAUAGGCAAUGGCUCGACCGGCGUGCAAGUCAUGACAGCGAUCGCCAAGCAAGUAAAGCACCUCACCAGUUUCCAGCGCACGCCUCAAUACAGCGUCCCAAGUGGCGAUGGACCAGUCUCAAAAGAAUACCGCGAUUCCAUCAACGCGCGAUGGGACGAAAUCUGGGGCCAAGUACGUGACAGCAAUGUUGCUUUCGGAUUUGAAGAAUCCAAGAUUCCGACUAUGAGUGUCUCAGCGGAAGAACGAGAGCGAAUAUUCGAAGAAGCGUGGCAGAAAGGCAAUGGCUUCCGCUUCAUGUUCUGGACGUUUAAUGAUGUUACGACUGACGAGGCUGCUAAUGAGGAGGCGUGUAAGUUUAUUCGCAAGAAGAUUGGCGAGACGGUGAAAGAUCCGGAAAAGGCUAGGAAACUUCAGCCUGAUGACUUUUACGCCCGCCGACCACUUUGCGACGCGGGUUAUUAUGAGCAGUUCAACAGGGAUAAUGUUGAUAUCGUCAGUCUCAGGGAAACACCGAUCGAGGCAAUCACGGAGACGGGCAUAACGCUCUCGAAUGGCACUAAGUAUGAUCUCGAUGUGCUCAUCUUCGCAACAGGAUUUGACGCCGUGGAUGGAAAUUAUACACGCCUAGCAAUCAAAGGCCGGGACGGUGUGAGCCUCAGAGAUCACUGGGCCGAGAACGGCGGCCCAACAACAUAUCUGGGAUCCUUCGUACCAGGCUUCCCGAACCUCUUCAUGCUUACCGGACCAAACAGUCCGUUCACGAAUCUCCCUCCAACCAUAGAGACGCAGGUGGAGUUCAUCAGCGAUCUGAUCUUCAGAGCCGAGGUGUCUCCCAAAGGCAGCACUGCGUCAGCACGUGUCAACGGUGAGGCAACGAACGGAGCCACCAAACCAUCACCACCAGGUCCAGUAAUUGAAGCCCUCCCGGAGUCCGAACAGAAAUGGACACAAGAAUGCAAAGAUCUCUGCGAGAAUAGCCUGUUCAAGAAGACAAGCUCAUGGAUCUUCGGCGCAAACAUCCCUGGGAAGACGCAGACGGUCAUGUUCUAUUUUGGCGGAUUGGCUGCUUAUCGCAAGGUUUUGAAGGAGGUCGUUGAUGGUGGGUUUGUGGGAUUUAGAGAUUUUUGA